AUGCCGCCUCGUCGAAAAGCCACGGCCGUCACCUACGUUCUCCCUGAUCUCCCACCGCCAAUCCCUGGCCAGACAAGCACUUUGGCAUCGGUCAUUCACCAAUAUAAUGACAUUCGAUCCGAUGGCUCGAUCACACUGUCGGCUGCGACACACCAACUGCCAACGCUUGGGAGCAUAGCAACAGUCGUUCCCGACACUCACGAUACAAUUGCAGGACUGUCCUCAGAACAUCUAGUCUACGAGCUGGAGCUGGAUGUGGGCGGAAGUGCGCGGGAGAUGCGUGAUUCUGAUGACCCACUCCGUCAAUGGGCGGAGUAUCAUCGUGAUGACUUCCUGUCAGAACUGCUUCGCCACGAAGGCCGCCGGGAAACACCAAUACUCUUCAUGUCUCCGAUGUACGUCCGAGUCAGCGACAGCAUCAUUCCGCUGCCGUGA